AGUUGGAUAUAAUCGUCUUGUUUUUGUUGUGAUUUUUGUACUUAUAAUAAUAUGUAUUCUAGUCUUAUAAGAAUCUAAUUAGAUCUGUAUACAUACGUUUUAUAAAACAAAAGGUCAAGGCCAAGGAAAUAAUGUAAAUUGUCUGAUGUAGAAUCAUUACACUAUCAGUAUGCCAACAUUUCUAACACCUGGCCGCCAUGGCUACAGCGUUCGGUUUUCCAGAACACGGCCUGAUUCAUUAGCCGUAGCCACUAGUCAGUAUUAUGGUCUAGCAGGGGGUGGGACCUUAUUCUUCUUAGAAUUAUCGCCAGAGGGAACAACGAUAGUCGAACUACAGAAAUUGGAAUGGAGUGAUGGACUGUUUGAUGUGACAUGGUCAGGUACAGCUGAUGGUGUUGCUGCUUGUGGAGCGGGUGACGGUGCAGUGAUAGUUUGGAGAGGAGGAUGUGCGGCACCUUUGAGGGUAUUAAGGGCACAUCAGAGCGAGGUGUGCUCUGUGGACUGGCCUCGAGCACAUCUACUUAGUGCUAGUUGGGAUACGACAGUUAAAUUGUGGGAUCCCGAAUCUGAAGUGUGUCUAAGUACAUUUUCGGGUCACUCGCAGCUGGUUUAUACGGCAACAUUCUCUCCACACUCACCAGCCACCUUUGCUUCGGUCUCCGGUGAUGGUCACCUCAAACUGUGGACGUGUACGGAACCAAGUAGACCGGCUGCUGUGAUAAAAGCACAUGAUGCUGAGGUGCUGUCUUGUGAUUGGAGUAGACUAGAGACGCAUGCGCUUGCCACCGCGGGUUCGGACGGACUUGUCAGAGGUUGGGAUCUUAGGCGACUUACAUCACCUAUGUUUACUCUUAAAGGAUGCGAAUGUGCAGUGCGACGAGUGCAGUUCUCACCGCACGCACCUUCAGUUUUAGCUGCAGUGUCAUACGACUUCACAACGAGAAUAUGGGAUCUGAAGCGAGGCUGUGAUCCUCUGGAAACGAUCAGACACCAUUCAGAGUUCACAUACGGUCUAGAUUGGAACGCAUUAAGGCCCCAUCAAAUAGCUGACUGUGGUUGGGAUUCCUUAGUACACGUCUUCACUCCAAGGUCGCUGGUUUGAAAGUCUGAUUCAUGGGAUUGGAGCUGAAGAUUUGUCUAUAAAUGGCCAUGUCUAUAAAGUGCCAAAUAGAUAUUGACACUAAAUAUAUACUAAGGGUUGACUGAGGGUUAUAUUAUGGCGUAUUUUAUCUUUUUAAAGUUUGAUUUUAAAAUAAGAAUUAUUUAAAGCAAUAUAUUUUAGCACAGAUACAAAAUAAUUAUUUACUUGAAGUUUUGAUGAAAAGGCACUUUCAAAUGACAUUAAAUGUAAUCAAUAGCGGCGAUUGACAUGUGCCAUAGACUAAACAAGAGUGUAACAGGUGUUUAAAACCUUGAAAUGGAAAUACUGUCAAAUUUUUUAUAACAUCUGGUCAAAACCACAGAUGCUAAAAUGACAGAUCUGUCAAAAUUAUUAAAUUAAAUAUAAUUUUUAUAUUCAAAUUCUUUAUUAAUAUUUAAAUGAAAAUAUGUGCUUGUGAUAAUAUUAUUUAGUGCAUAUAAUCUUAUUAAUAAUAUGUAAACGUUAAUUACUUUUUUUUAUAGAAUAAUAAGGCGGACGAGUGUAUGGGCCACCUGAUGGUAAGUGGUCACCAACGCCCAUAGACAAUGGCAUUGUAAGAAAUGUUAACCAUCGCUUACAUCACCAAUGCGCAACCUUGGGAACUAAGAUGUUAUGUCCCUUGUGCCUGUAAUUACACUGGCUCACUCACCCUUCAAACCGGAACACAACAAUACCAAGUACUGCUGUUUUGCGGUAGAAUAUCUGAUGAGUGGGUGGUACCUACCCAGACGAGCUUGCACUAAGCUCUACCACCAGUAAUUGGAGAUUAGCUUAAUAUCGAGGAUCGUAUUUGCUUAUAUUUCGUGUUCAUUUGAUGGUGCGGCAACUAGCAUUUCAUACGGUUGUAAGAACAAGGAUUUAACAGAUUUGGCUUACUGUCUGAUGCUACGCAUUCUUAGGAAAGUCCCAAAAGUCAAAGCUGGUAGAUUGAUUCAAUGCCGCCAGUUUUAUAUAAAAGUCUUCCUUCAUUAAUGGAUGCUUAACAAAAUCCCUUAAUUGAGGUUGGUUGGCUCUAUUAAUAAGGGAAUGAAACAAUUAUAUGUUUUUUGUAAAUUUCGUAUAACAGGGAAUAUGUAGGCUUAGAUGGUUAGACUGAUGGAGUUAUAUGAGGUUUGUAAUUAAUAGCUUGUAAUUAAAUGCAUUUAAAUAAUCGAAUGUCACAUUGCAUUAAAAAAAGUCUGUACACGUGACAGAAGUGAAACCUUUUUAAGUAACGUAUCCGACGUUACACAAAAAAACGUUGCAUUCCAAUUGGAUCACUUAAAAAGGUCUUAUUUCUAUUUAUUUUUAAUAUUUUAUAUUAUUGAUGUUUAAAUUUGAACUAUGAAUUCGGCUUUUUAAAUCCUAUAUUUAAAAUAAAAUUUAUAAUCGAAUUUGAAUGACAAACGUAUAUUUGUUUGUUCUAGUCUUAUGGUAGAAGGAUACUGUAUAUGGUGUUGUAAUCUAAAAAAAAAAAAAAACUAAACCGUUAGUAAUAUAAACACAUUUCUGCAUUAAUAUUAUUAUAUCAAUGUACUACGCACAACAAAUCUGUUUCUAUAUUAAUAAUUAUUUAUUAAUUAUAUUAAUAAGCAAUACAUAUGAAUCAGCUGGGAGACGUUUUUGCAUCUGUAGUAGUGUAAUACACACGUUGACUAAAAUACGAAUAAACCAAUUGCGCUAUCUACCACGUUCCUCGGUCUCGUACUCUCAUAAGUAGCGUCAGAAGUGAAAGUUUGUUUUUUUAUUAUUUUCUUAAUAAUUAAUUCAUUAUACAAUAUACGGUCAUUAUACAAAAAAAUGUCACAAAUAAUAUUAUCAAUGACAAUUAAAAUACGUUAAAUAUGUAUAGUGUUGAGUACCUACCUAAAAAAAUAAUAAAAUAUAAUAAGUAUUUAUUAAUUUGCUGACGGUGCAUUACUACUAAAUCAAUAGCGUCUCCAAAUGAUUUGCUGUUUACAUUAGACGAUCUCGGCUCUCUAUAUAUGCUUUUAUAUUUUGAAAUAUAACUUGUUAUAUAAUUGUUAUUUUUUUUAAUUGUGUAAUUAAAAAAAUACAUGAUAUGGUCUUUACUCUUCUGUAUAUAAAAAAUGCUAACUACCCUCUUGCUGUAUCUAUCCGCUUGGUUUAAAUAUCGAACGUAUAGUAAUGUACUUUAAUUACUCAACAAAAUAAAAAGCUAUACAGCGUCUUAACUAUGCCAUUAUACUAUAUACUAUAUGAGAUAUUUAGCAAAUAAUUGCUUUGUAAAUAGAAUUGUACUUAAACAUUGUCAAAACCCAUAUCUAUGUAACUUAAAGAAUUAUUAUAUAAAGCUUAUAUUGUUGUUAUUGAAUAUUUGUUAAAUGUAAAUAUAUUUGUAAGAUCCCUUA